AUGACUCCAGAGUUUGGAUUCGGCCACAGACAAGAUUAUUCAAAGGACAGUAUUGUGUUAAAAGCAGGGUGUUUUAUAGCUAUUGAGGCAAUACACUACGGAUCACUGGGUUUCAAACUAAAAAAGAAAAAUAAACACGGGAGAACAGAGCAAGAAAAAGUGCAUAAAUACAAGGAUUCCACUUUCAAUGAAGUCGCUUUGGCAGAAGCUGAAGAGUUUGUGAUUAUCGAGUCCCAGCCAGAGAGAAGCAAUUACGUAGAUGACUUUGAUAUGAAUACGAAGCAGAAUGUAGGCCGAACGCGCCCAGUGCCACAGGAAGGUGACAACGGUAUAGAGCUGUCGUCUGCUGUGGCGGAUAAAAAGGCGCGCGAACAUCAGCGUGACGAUCACAAAACAAGACGACAGAGAGAGAGGGGGGAUUUUCCAGAUGACAGAAGAACACAAAGGGCCAAAGCUAAAACCGAUGACAGAAGGAACGGAACAGGGUCUCCUAAAAGAGUCAGCCCUGUUUCCCCACAACGGAAUUUUUUGAAUAAUAAUGUGAGAUAUGUCCAUAAUCGAUUCAUAGUCUUAGACACCCCAGACAGUACUAGUGCAAAUUUGCCAAAAUCAUCGGGGACCAAACGCGGUGUUGAUAAUCCACAGAUGCGAAUGGCUGAAGGUUCAGAUGGUGCUUUUACCGAUGAGCCGCAGAUAGGUCGCCUCACUGACAGGUCCAGAGGCAAUCGUCGUGAAAUGGCGAUGGACGCUUCCUCCGUAACUAUGGACGGACGUGACAUUGAAAUUUGUGUGUCUGACCCUGAUAAUUCAAACAUGACAAUACAUUCUCCGAAAAAACCUAAAAGUAUUUGGAAAAGGAUUUAUCUAUGUUUACAGGACAAUCGUAUGAAAGACUUAGACCCCGAGGAACUUCUAAAUGAUCCAAACCAAUACCGGGUCUUAAAGAAAGUUUUGAACAUAAUUUUCAUAACCAUUGGGGUGACAUUAUUUGUGGCUGUAGUCAUCAGCGUUAUUUACUCGUUUAUUGUAGGUGACCAAGACCCACUAGAGCAAUCGGACGCAGCACCUUCCCCCACCUCAUCGUCUUGUGCUAAUAACCUGACUUGUGUCACUAAUACUUGAGAGCAAGAGGCGGACAUUAACGUAUUGCCAAUCCAAAGAUUGGACAUCACAGAUAGACAAGACAUCUACCGAAUUCCGGAUAUCGACCAUCUACCGUGUAUAAAAUAUAUUAAUGUAAAUUUUGAGGACACAUAUAAUGAUAUUUGCUACUAAACCAAAAUCAAAUGAAGGACGCAUUACACAAUGUGAUUAUUAUUUUUCAAUUGUUUGGAAAUGCAAAGUUAAUUGCAGGAUUUUAGAAUCAACAUUUCCUAACACGCAUCCAAUACAAUUUCACUUCUUUAGAGUACCAGAAGUAUAAAGCUUUUUUUAAAAAAUCGAUAUUCCGACCUAAAACAUAAUCCUGCAACAAACUGAACGUUAAUGACUUAUGGCUGCGCAGUAGUCUGGGUCCCAUUUUCAAUAUGAUGUUUCCAGGAUACUGUAUUUGAUGUUCUGUACAGUGCCUUUUUUACGGAUCAGUUUUUUUGGCUUUAUCUUCUUUUUUAUAUGUUUUCAUAAAAUAAUUAAAAUGGAAUAAAGAGAUUAUACUGCAACAAAG